AUGUCAAAUCUAUCGAAUAUCAAGCAAUCAGUUAACCGCCUGUAUGUUGCAAAUGAACACAGUGGAUAUAGUGUCCUAACUCUGCUUCUUAUCCAGCUCAAUUUUGAGGAUCUAUUGUCCGGGUUCGACUCAAUGAAAAUAUCUGCCCUAACGAAUGCUGCCAAAGUAUCGCCUUUGAUAAAGGAAUGUACCAUCGGUCCUGAUUGUGUCGAUCUGUCUAAGAACCAGUCAGUUGGAGUACCCUGUGCUGAAGAUUAUAAAAACAGUUCUGCCAAGGAAAAUGAUCUGAACGUAUCAAAUGAAAGUGCAACUAAGAGCGAUAUCUCGAAGAGCAUAAAGAAAAAGCACAACACAUCGCCAUUUUCUGGCAGUAUUCCUUCCGAGCCAACCGAUCAUGCGACAGUGGCAUCGAAGCUACACCAACAAGAUCUCGAACGGCGACGUCAAGCGAACGUGCAGAAGGUACUCGCUGAUAGACACGCCAAAAUGCGUCUCGCCGAUGAGCUUCGAGAAUCACAGCUUAUAAAAAAUCUGGAAGACGCGGCAUUGCAAGGCGCUCGUAAGGCAAAAGCGUCUGAGGAGCGUUUGUUAAUUGCGAUUCGCGAGCAGGAAAAACUUGCACAGGAAGCCACCGCCCGAAGGCAGGCGGAAGUAGAGCAGGAAAAUCGUCGAUUAUGUGACAUCCAGACGCAACUGAAACGACGCCAGGAAGAGAUGAGGAUGAAGGUGCAACGAAUAGAAACGAUCCGCCAAUUCAUUGGUCAGUUCCGCGUGGGUACGGAAACGUUCACCAAGGCUCUAACUGCGGUCGGGGUUCAACACGCAACGAAAUUCGCAAACCAGAAGAAAUCGGUCCGCGUACUCCAGAAGGACUUUGAGCAGCUGCUGCACACGAUCAACACCUGCCAAGAGGUGAGCCAAACGGAGGUUGAUCUAGCGACGAACUACUGUAAGCAGCUAGAUCAGGUCAACCUGGAAGUGACGGAGAUAUUGGCGGUGAUCGAGAGUCAAAAGAAGCAACAAGAGCAGCAAAAAUCAAUUGAACAACCAACACCUAAUCAGGAGCAGGUAGCACAAAAUGAUAAACUUGCAGCAAAAGCUUCCGACAGCACCGAUAGCACCGGAGGGCCAGCAUCAGGUACUGUUCCGGCAACGACUGCAUUAACACCGGCAGUAGGGGGAGCGGAAAACGAACCAUUUUUCCAGCCGGUCUCACCGGAGUGUUUGCAGUUUUACAAUGAAAUUAAAAGCUUCUACGAACAGCACCAGACGGCCGUGAAACAGUUGAUGGAUGAUCCGUCGAUGAAAACUUAUCGCUUUAACUGCCAGAAAGCGAUCAACGUUCCCGUGAACACGAUAUCGGCCGUAAACCGGGAUCAUUUUAUCGACAAGUUUAACAAGCUAGCGUCCCUGCUCAGUGGACAGAAUGUGAAGGCGGGUGACGGAGUGGUUUCGAUCAACGGACAUCCGUUGGGUCGCACGUACUGCACAAUGCUGAUGGCGAAAAAGUUUGUGAGCCAAGCUGACACGACUAUUUCCAGCAAUGCGAGCGCGGCUUUCCCGAUCGCUGCAAUCGCCGUUGCGCUUUGGCAGCGAUUCCCCGAUUUCGGCCGGUUUUUCCUUGCCUACCUUCACCGAGAGUGUCCUUAUCUGGUUCCCUAUUACCUGCCCCAGCUGGAAGGCCAAAGCCAAGAGGAUUUCCUUAAAACGCUCGGCUACCGGUUCGCCGACGGAGGGGUGCUUGAGAAGCAGGACCAAUAUCUGAAGCGAAUGUCGGGUUUGGCCCGUUUGUACGCGGCCAUCAUCGUGACCAUCCCGCGGAAGGAUGACCCAACCCCACAUCCACACGGGAUAGAGUGUGGAUGGCGCUGGUUAACGAACAUCCUGAACCGGUUUCCGCAGCCCGACAUCUGUGCAACGCUGAUAGUGGAGUUUUUACAGACGGCCGGGGCGGACAUGCACGCAGUCUACGGGAAUCAGUUUUUUAAGGUACUGCGCGUGCUACAGGGCGACUAUCUUGGUGCUUUGAAUCGCAUCGACACGGGCGGCCCGAAGGCAAGGUUGGAGGGACUGAUCGCAAAAAUCCUUUCCGAAGGUCGCAUCGAACGGCCGGAGGGUAUGAUGAACGGUAACUUUUGGUAG